AUGGCCGACAUAAUUGUACCCUACCCGCCCUCCUCCUGCCCCUGGUCGCCAUCUUCCAAACAGCAGGAUACGGUUGUCAACGAGACAAAAAGGAUCCGGCCGCGAUUCUUUUGGCAUUGCAUCGGAGCUGCCAUCCUCGUCACGAUGAUGCUGAUAGUAGCCCUCGUCUGUGGACUCUACUUUGGACUUGGGCAUUCUCGUUCCAUUCCGAGACAAGCCGACUCGAGGUUGACGGUCGACCUUGGAUAUUCGCGAUAUGUCGGCGUAGAUGCGGGAAGUGGUGUCACUCAGUGGUUGGGCAUUCGCUAUGCUCAACCCCCCGUGGGAGACUUGAGGUUCCGAGCGCCUCAAGAUCCUCUCCCGGACGACGAGACGCACACAGCGAACGAGCAUGGUGCUAUAUGCCACUUCUCGCCCUCGACAAGCCUCGAUCCAAACCGUUCCGAAGACUGCCUCUUCCUGGAUGUCUACGCUCCUUCCACCGGGCCUACGGGCAAGCACCCCGUGUUGGUAUUCUUCCAGGGCGGUGGCUUCAAUGGCCUCUCUGUCCCGAAUUUGAGCGGCGUUAGUCUGAUCAACGCGGGAAAUCACGACAUGGUCAUCGUCACCUUCAACUAUCGAGUCGGGCCCUGGGGAUUUCUCGCCAGCAAGGAAGUCAAGGCCAACGGUCAGCUGAAUAACGGCCUCCUAGAUCAACGCAAGGUGCUAGAAUGGAUCCAGAAGUACAUCCAUCUGUUCGGAGGCGAUCCGGGCCAUGUGACGAUGGGAGGUGGCUCUGCCGGUGCAGCUGCCGUUCUCAUGCACAUGUCUGCAUAUGGAGGCCGCAAUGACAACCUCUUCCACGCCGUCGCGGCCAGUUCUCAGUCCUUCGGCGCGCAGCUCACAGUUGAAGAGUCCCAAUACCAAUACGACGCUCUCAUCAAACGAGUCGGCUGCAGUACAUCCGCCGAUACGCUCAGCUGUUUGCGCGCCGUGCCCGUCAGGACCCUGGCAAGCAACAACCCCAACAUUCCCGCUCCCAACGGUGGCGGCGGAAAUCCCGCCUAUAUGUGGAAUCCCUGUGUCGAUGGAGACUUCAUGCAAGGCACUAUGUACAGUCUCUUCGCCCAAGGCAAAUACGUGAAAGUGCCUAGCAUCUUCGGAGACACCACUAACGAAGGGACCAUCUUCACUCCCGCCUCGACAGCCACCGCCGCGGCCCGAAACACGUUCCUCAGAAACAACUUCCCGAAGCUGACCGCGGCCCACCUCACCCAGAUCGACAGUCUGUACCCGCGCGCCGAGCAGUACCCUGGGAAAGGCGAGUUCUGGAAGUCGGCCGCGAACGCCUACGGUGAGAUGCGCUACAGCUGUCCGGGCAUCUACCUGUCCCGGCUCAUCGCAGCCGCCGAUACGCCCAGCUGGAACUACCGCUGGGACGUCCUGUCGCCGGCCAACGCACGCAGCGGCCUGGGCGUUACGCACAGUGCCGAUGGCGCUGCCACCUGGGGAUACGCCAGCGCGCCCGACAAUGCCCUGACGCCCGUCAUGCAGGCCUACUGGACCAGCUUCAUCCGCACCUACGACCCAAACACGCACAAGCUGAGUACGGCCCCCGUCUGGGCCGGCGCGGGCGCCGUCUACCUGCAGAGGCUGCACAUCCCGAACCAGCCCAGCGCGGUGGGCAUGACGAUGCCGCCGGAAGACCUGCUCGCGCGAUGCAAGUAUCUGACCAGCAUUGGUGGGAGCAUCGGGCAGUGA